AUGUCUGGCUUCCGCAGCACGUCGAACCAGGCGCAUGGCGCACCACAAGGCGGCUCCUUCGGCUCCUUGACACCGUCACGACCAGCACCACCCGUUCCGGCAAGCAAGCACAACGACCCUUUCUUGCCACCCCUAUCUCAAUACAACUCGGGCUCCUCAGGCGUCGGCGCCGGCGGUGGAUCUUACACCGGUCCGCUCCGUCCUGCUGGGCCAGGCGCUACCGCUUCCUCCGGUGCGCCCGCUAACCAUCUCGCCGGCAACAACUCGGGCUGGCAGCAAGCAGGUCCCGGCGCCACCACCAGCGGCGCCGCCGUUGUGAGGAAAGGCUGGGUCAGUGUCAAGGAGGAUGGUAUUCGCUCCUGGAUCUGGAGCAAGCGCUGGCUUGCUCUGCGCGAGCAGACGCUCACCUUCCACAAGAACGAAACCACCUACCAGGCCGUCGCGCUCGUCUUCCUCAAGGACAUCUCGAACGUAUCUCGCACAGAUCUCAAGCCGUACUGUAUCGAGGUCGAGACCAAGGAGAAGACGUUCUAUCUGCAGCUCAAGAGCGACGAGGAGCUCUACGGCUGGAUGGAUGACAUAUACUCCCGCUCGCCGCUCAUGGGCGUAUCCUCGCCCACCAACUUUGUCCACCAGGUCCACGUCGGCUUCGAUCCCAUCAGCGGAGCCUUCACCGGUCUGCCGGAACAGUGGUCCAAGCUGCUUACCACCUCGGCCAUCACGCGCGAGGACUACGAGAAGAAUCCUCAGGCGGUUCUCGACGUGCUUGAGUUCUACACCGAUAUUCAGAAGCGCGAGCGCGACGAUUUUGGCCUCGGUACGCCCACCAUGAACGUCCAAGCUGGACGCAAACCCAACGAGGUUGCGGGCGCUUCGUCUGCGCCUCGUUUCAAGGCCGGCACUGGCUUCGCUGGAAGCGCGGGAGCCGACUCGUCGUCCAGCUUGAGCAAGGACGCUCCCCAAUACUCUGCCGCGUCCAAACCGCCUUCGGAUGCCUUCCGAAGCUCGUCUGCUGCCGCCGCCUCAUCGUCGGCCGCAUCUUCGCUCAGACCCGCACAGACUGCCAUGGCGAGGCGACCUUCCGACGACGGCCGACAGGGCGCAUCCAGCCCAGCCUCAUCCCAGUCCUCCUCUUCCCGCCUCGCUGGCUCCAACGACUCCAAGUACGGCCGCGCAACGCCCCCCUCCGGUACAUCCGCUGCAAACGCAUACCCAGAUCUGGUGCCUUCGCGCAAGGCGCCCGCCGCUCCCGGCGCUGCCAAAGUCCCGACUCCUGCAUCCUCGCUCGCUUCCACGCGGCCAGCUCCGCCACCUCCCAACUCGUCGGCACCUUCGAGCAGACUGGCCAACGACGGCGGAGUGCAGGGACUCAACGUUAAGACCAAAGAGCUCAAGCUCGGAAGCGAUUCCGCUGGUGUCGCAGCGUCGGGCGCUGCUGGCGCUGCGAAGGCUGCACCCGUCGCCAAGCAGCCCUCGCCUGUGGCGGCGGCACUGAGUUCCGCUGCCGCUGCACCUGUCAAGCCUUUGCAGACGGCCAAGAAGGAAACGGGCGCCAAGACUGCACAGCAGAAGGAGGCCGAGCGCCGAAUCAGCACCAUGUCCGAGGCGCAGAUCAUGGACAAGCUGCGCGCGGUGGUGAGCCAGGACGACCCCAACAUGCUCUACAGCAAGAUCAAAAAGGUGGGUCAGGGUGCUUCGGGAUCGGUAUUUGUCGCCAAGACGCUGGCCACGGGUCAACGCGUCGCCAUCAAGACGAUGGAUCUGUCUCAGCAGCCGCGCAAGGAGCUCAUUGUCAAUGAGAUCCUGGUCAUGAAGGAGUCGCAGCAUCCCAACAUUGUCAACUUCCUCGACUCGUUCCUGGUGCGCAACAAUGAGCUGUGGGUCAUCAUGGAGUACAUGGAGGGCGGUGCAUUGACGGACGUCAUUGACAACAACACGCUCGAGGAGGACCAGAUCGCGGCCAUCUGCAUGGAGACGUGCAAGGGUCUCGAGCACCUGCACAGCCAGAGCAUCAUCCACCGCGACAUCAAGUCGGACAACGUGCUGCUCAACGCCAGCGGUCAGGUCAAGAUCACAGACUUUGGCUUCUGCGCCAAGCUGACGGACCAAAAGUCGAAGCGCGCCACGAUGGUGGGCACGCCGUACUGGAUGGCGCCCGAGGUGGUCAAGCAGAAGGAGUACGGUGCCAAGGUCGACAUUUGGAGUUUGGGUAUCAUGGCCAUCGAGAUGAUCGAGAACGAGCCGCCGUACUUGGACGAGGAGCCGCUCAAGGCGCUCUACCUGAUCGCCACCAACGGCACGCCGACGCUCAAGAAGCCCGAGACGCUCUCCAAGAACCUCAAGAGCUUCCUGGCGGUGUGCCUGUGUGCCGACGUCAAGAGCCGUGCCUCUGCCGACGAGCUGCUCCACCAUCCGUUCUUGCAAUCGGCGUGUCCACUGUCGAGCCUCGCGCCGUUGCUCCGAUUCCGCACCAAGCCAGACCGUUGA